AUGGUGCAUCGCCUAUUUAUCGUUCUCGCUCGGGAGCCAAAACGAACACGCCUGCUACCUACUGUACUGGACCUUCGACCAGGCAUUCUACCUUUGUCGAAUCGGAACCAACACCACUGCAUUGCGCUCGAACAGUUGAGCGGCCGCCGGCCAGCAACUUCCGUGCACAGAUAUAGAUUCAUUCCUCGUACCUGGUCCAGCCUCACAACCCUUCGCGGGUUGGUAAGAAGUCAGUCUUGUUUGGUAAGACGGAAUUGGACAAAGAAAAGAGAGUGCUCGACCGGAACAACGGCCAACAACGUAAUUACAUAG